AUGGAGACUCCACCGGAAGAUGUUAUUAAUAAUAAUAAUAAUAAUAAUAAUAAUAAUGAUACUGUUAAUUUGUCAGAAAGUAAUAAUUCAGCUUCUAAAAGAGUCAUUAAAAAACGUAAAUAUAGUAGAGGUGGUUGUAAUGAAUGUAAACGAAGAAAAAUUAAGUGUGAUGAAUUGAAACCAUAUUGUCAUAAUUGUACAAGAUUAGAAAAAAAAUGUAUUUAUCAACAAAAUCAAAAAUUUCGAUUUGAACUACCAAAAACAAUCAAGCAUGGAACAAAAGGUCACGAUGUGAUAAAUGGUAAGGAUGAAAUAAAAGGUGACGAUGUAAUAAUAAAUGGUAAGGAUGUAAUAAAUGGUAAGGAUGAAAUAAAAGGUCACGAUGCAAUAACUAAAUCAGAUAACUAUAUUUAUAAUCAAGAUGAAUUACGGAUCAAAAUAACAACUAAUCCAAGUAAUCCAAGUAAUCCAACAACCGAUUUUAAAUUUUACCAGGAUUCAAGUUUAUCAAAUUUAUCAAAUUUAAGAGGUUCAAAUCAAGAUAAAGAAUUGACAAAUUUAAAACAAGAUCAUUCUAAAAAGUUUAAAAUAUCAGAUAUGUUAUCUCCUGAUACCGACUUCCUAAAUGAUUAUAAUUGGUCAAAUAUAAAUUCAAAUGAUGUUCGUAAUUUAUUUGAUGAUGCUAGUUUAUUAGUUCAUGAUUCAUUAGAUUUAUUUAAUUAUAAUUAUAAUUAUAAUGAAACUUUUCAAAAUUUAACUCCACCAAAUUUACCAAAUUUACCAAAUUUACCAAAUAACGAAAUUGGAAGUAUUGAUUUCCCAAUAGAAAACAUAAAAGAUAAAUUAAAUCAUCAUCAACAACAACCACCACCAAAACCACCAAAACCACCAAAACCACCAAAAACUACAGAAGUCACAAUCAAAUCACAAGUAAUAAUUUCCGAAACUUCAUUAUUCAAAAUUUCAAAUUCAGAAUUGGUUGAUUUGAGUUUAUGUGAUUUUGAACUAGAUGGACCACAUAGAAACUACCUUUUAUCCUUAUCCAUGACAGAUUUAUCAUUUCAUAUAUUUCCAUUUGCUGAAUCAUUUGAAUCUAAUCAAGUAUUGAAAAUAUUAUUAAAGUAUUCUCAAGGUUGUUCUUAUUUAUUGACUAGUUUAUUAGCUAGUUCUGCAACUUUUCAAUAUAAUCAAACAGCUGACAAAAUACAUGAGACGAAUAGGAAUAAAUAUACAAGUAUAUGUUUAAAAUCAUUAUCUGAAGCAUUCCCACAAAACAAAGAAAAAUUCCACAGUAUAACCAACGAUAUAGAAAGAUUAUUACUCACCAUCCUUGUCUUGACUUCAAAUUUCACAGCAACUACAACAACAAACUCAUCAAAAUCAAAUUGGAAAACUCAUCUCAGAGGAGUGAAAGAUUUACUUCUUAAAUAUUCUAAACUUGCAAAUUGCUGUAAAAAAAAUCUGAAAAAUUAUAAUGGGAUCAGUGAUGGUUUGGCAUUGGCUAAGACUUGGUUUUUUGCAAUUGAAUCAUUAGCUGAAUUGAAUGAUCCACUAGGUGGGACUUUAAAAUAUCAAAAGAAGAAUAUUUCUCAAUCAACAGAUAUAAUUAAAACUGAUGAUAAAUUAGAUUGUUCAGAUUCAAGUCAUUUAUGGUUAGAAACUGGUUAUUUUAACCGUGGUAGAAAUUUAGAAUAUCAUGAUAGUUUAGUUAGAAUUGGAUUAUUAACAAGUUGUCAAUUUAAUUUAUUUAAUGGGUAUUCUUUGGUUGUUGUUCGUCUAAUAGAUGAAUUAACAAAAUCGUUAGAUUUAUUAAGAGAUGAUAAUAAUAAUGCACAGUUAAGUGGAACUCGUGUUCUCAAAAUUAUGUCAGUUAUAGAAAAGGCAAGAAUUAAUGAGAUAGUACCCAAAAUAUCAAAAGAAAAUUACAUUAUUCCAAUUACAAGUCAGGCACAUCCAGAAUACACCGGAAUAGAUAAGAUAUUAUUACCUAGUUCAUGUUUUGCAAGGGAUAAAGAAAUCAUUUAUUCUUAUUUUGAUUUAAGUGAACAGCUACAUAUUGAUUCAAUGUUUUUGAAAGUGUUGACUACUCCUGGAUUAUUAAAAUUAGAUAAAUCACAUCCGUUAAUAAAGGAAUUAAAACACAAAAUUUUAAACUCGUUAUUCUUCAUAAAAGAGAAAAAUGAGAGUGUUAGAGAAGAAGAGGUUUUUUUGCAGAGUGAUCAUUUUUAUUUAAGCGUUGGAUUGUUUGAUCAUAGGGCAAUCAUGAUUCAAAGUGCCUUAAUUCAGUGUUCUAAAAUUGUGAAUAAUUUAGAGGAAUUUGAGAGGUUGGAAUUAUAUUUCAAGGGGUUAGCUAAAUUGGGCAAUGGAAGUUCUGUUUUUGCUUUAAAUGAUUUAAAUAAAUUGAAGAUGAAUUUUCUUAAUGGUGGGGAUGAUGAUGUUUUGAUUAAUUCUCAAAAUAAUAUUCCAUUUUCAUAG